UGGAACAAGUCUUCAACUUUAUUUUGUUAAAUGAAAAAAGUGAAGUGCAGAGCAGUGUAUAUAGUAUAUUACCAUUUGGGUAAAAACAACAUCAACAAGUUUUAUAUUAUGCAAAUAUGUAUAAAUGACUCUGGGGGAAUAAAUAGGAAACUAUAAGAGUGGUUGCCUCCUCAGAAGGAAACUGAGUGCUUGAGGUGGGACGUGUAGCAGAUUACUAUUCGGUAAAUAGCCAACUAUUCAACAAUCCCACCUCUUUGCCAGCGAAAGCCUAACUGUGUUAAGGGUCGAAGUAGUUUCCAAUCCAGGAGAUGAAGGAGGAUUCGUUUAAGCUAGUCUUGAUAAUCCCAUUUCCAUUUUCCAGAUACUUAAUUUUUUAGUCUUUUUUGCAGCUAGAGCAGUGUGAAAUUUAUCACAUGAGAAAUUUAUCUUUGUCAUUUAAGGUGGCCAUCAGAGAAGAUAAUGAAAUGAAUCUUGUAAUUUUCACUUAUAUGUUCCAAUAUCAGUGAAUACAAGGACUAAUGAAUGCUGAUUAAAUCUCAGGAUUUUCUUGACCUCUAAGUUCUAUGAUUAAUAAUUGACCACUGUGACAAUAGAACAUAGGUCAUUAAAGUGUAUUCCACUGCAAUAGGUUGGCAGGAGUUCAAACAGUUCUCUGAGAAUUUGUUUAACCGUGUAGAUUAAAUGGAAAUAUAUUUUCUAUAAUGAAACUUGUCAAAAUAAGAGGGAAUCAACUAUUUUCAAUCAGGAUAACUAUCUAGUGAGAAGUGAAUGCCUUGCCUUGGCACAUCCCAUUUCUAAUGGAGGACAAGAAGUUAUUUUCUUCAAUGGCUGACUUCCAGAAUUUCUGCCUGAAAGUUCUUUGUCAAGUGUAUAUUCCCUUCUCUAGGCCUUUCUAUAUAGAGCCCACAAACAUCGUCAAUGUGAAUGAUGUCAUUCAGAGGGUUAGUGACCAUGCCUCUGCAAUGAACAAGAGGAUUCAUUACUACAGCCGGCUCACUGCUCCUGCAGACAAGGCACUGGUUGCCCCAGAUCAUGUAGUUCCAGCUCCAGAAGAGUACUAUGUGUAUAGUCCAUUAGGUUCUGCUUAUAAACUUCAAAAUUACACUGAAGGAUACAGUAAAAACACCAGUUUAGUAACCAUUUUUAUGAUUUGGAAUACCAUGAUGGGAACAUCUAUACUAAGUAUUCCUUGGGGCAUAAAACAGGCUGGGUUUACUACUGGAAUGUGUGUCAUCAUGCUGAUGGGCCUUUUAACACUUUAUUGCUGCUACAGAGUGGUGAAAUCACGAGCUAUGAUAUCAUCAGUGGAUACCACUACCUGGGAAUAUCCAGAUGUCUGCAGAUAUUAUUUUGGCUCCUUUGGGCAGUGGUCAAGUCUCCUUUGUUCCUUGGUGUCUCUCAUUGGAGCAAUGAUAGUGUAUUGGGUGCUUAUGUCUAAUUUUCUUUUUAAUACUGGAAAGUUUAUUUUUAACUUUAUUCAUCACAUUAAUGACACAGAUGCUAUACUGAGCACCAACGAUAGCAACCCUGUGAUUUGUCCAAGUGCCAGGAGUGGUGACCAUCCUGACAAUGGCUCUAUGAUUUUCUACACCAAUGACUCGGGACUCCAGCAGUUUGAAAAGUGGUGGAAUAAGUCCGGGACAGUGCCCUUUUACCUCAUAGGGCUCCUCCUGCCACUGCUUAAUUUCAAAUCUCCUUCAUUUUUUUCAAAAUUUAAUAUCCUAGGCACAGUGUCCGUUCUCUACUUGAUUUUUCUUGUCACCUUGAAGGCUAUUCGCUUGGGAUUUCAUUUGGAGUUUCAUUGGUUUAUGCCAACAGAAUUUUUUGUCCCAGAGAUAAGAUUUCAGUUUCCACAGCUGACUGGGGUGCUUACCCUUGCUUUCUUUAUUCAUAAUUGUAUUAUCACCCUCUUGAAGAACAACAAGAACCAAGAAAACAAUGUGAGGGACUUGUCCAUUGCUUAUAUGCUAGUGACAUUAACUUAUUUCUAUAUUGGAGUCCUGGUUUUUGUUUCAUUUCCUUCACCACCAUUAUCCAAAGAUUGUAUAGAGCAGAAUUUUUUAGACAACUUCCCUAGCAGUGACAUCCUGUCCUUCAUUGCAAGGAUAUUCCUGCUCUUCCAGAUGAUGACUGUAUAUCCACUCCUAGGCUACUUGGCUCGUGUCCAGCUGUUGGGCCAUAUCUUCGGUGACGUUUAUCCUAGCAUUUUCCACGUGUUGAUUCUUAAUCUAGUUAUUGUGGGAGCUGGUGUGCUCAUGGCCUGUUUCUACCCAAACAUAGGAGGAAUCAUAAGAUAUUCAGGAGCAGCAUGUGGCCUGGCCUUUGUAUUCAUAUAUCCGUCUCUCAUCUAUAUAGUUUCCCUCUACCAAGAAGAGCGUCUAACAUGGCCUAAGUUAAUCUUUCACAUUUUCAUCAUUAUUUUGGGCCUGGCUAACCUAAUUGUUCAGUUUUUUAUGUGAAAUAGUCAACUGUCUUCUCCAGAUCUUUCAUGGUGUUUUGAACUCUGACAACAGUUCCACAUAAACUCACUUGUAAAUGCUGUUGUUGCUGUAAUUAUUAAUGUUUUCCUAAGGUAAUUUGAAGCCAAGGGAAAUAGUGGUCCAUUAAUAAGUAAUUCUUGUUAGAAUGGGGAAAAGGGCAGUAAGAGUGGUCUUAAUCUCUUUACCUUUUUCGUAUUCACUCAUCUCUUCAUUUUCACUGUCUUUUCUGAGUACAAAUGUAUGCCCCUAGGAAAAAUCAUGCUGGGUUUUGCUUUUAGAUACGUAGGGUGGGUGGGUUUAUUCUGGCUACAAUAAUGAUUCUGAGAGUGUCAGAGUAACUAUAUUGCCAGAUCCCAUUUCUGUUUUAUGUUUCAGUUAUUCAUUUUUAUUUUAUUACUUGCUAUAUCAUUUCUGCAGCUUGCCUAAACCUUUACUGUUUUGAACAGUAAACCAAAUACCUCAUUUUAAAAAAGAAGUGUCCAUGACAUCAGUGUUAGUAGAGUGAAUUCUUACUGUGAGCCCAUAAUCUCUGUUUUAAAAAAGAAAGAAGGGGGCUUCCCUGGUGGCGCAGUGGUUGAGAGUCCGCCUGCCGAUGCAGGGGACACGGGUUCGUGCCCCAGUCCGGGAAGAUC